AUGAUCGUCUGGGUUCAGCUACCAGCGCUUAAGGUUCAUUUUUAUCACAAGGAGGUGCUGACCAUGCUUGGGAAUCUCAUCGGAAGAACAAUCAGGCUCGACUAUCAUACUCUGAAUCUCGAACGUGCCAAAUUUGCCCGCAUAGCGGUGGAGGUGGACCUAUCCAAGCACCUCGUCCCUAGAAUUUGGCUGGAUGACGCGUUGCAGAAGGUAGAAUACGAGAACCUACCAACGGUAUGCUUCGAAUGUGGGAAAAUUGGUCACACAAAUAUGACCUGCCCUCAACUGCGCCAGCCGACGCCACCGACGGUCCUAGCCAUCACCGGCGGGGAGCUCCGGAACAAUGAGGUUCCGUUGGAGGAGGAUCCGAGCCCGGGAUUCGGACCGUGGAUGCUUGCUACCCGCAAAAGCCGAAGGAAUCCAAGAGAGUCCCCGGUCAAGAAAGGAAAGCUGGAGAAUGAUUCUGGGAACAAAAUCGACGGAAAUGUGACCAAGUAUGGAAAUAGGGGAACCCCGCAAAAGGAAGGAGAGAUCUCUCCACAAAAACCGCCAACCCACACUGUUUCAAUGCUGCAACGGACACCUAAUCAAGAAAGGAAAGGGGGUGCGGACAAGAAAGGGAAGGAAGAAAACAAGAAAGGGAAAGAAAAGGUUGGGUCUGUGUCUAACGGUAAUGACAAAGGGGUGUUGGGCUCCUGCCCUGAGAAAUCAGCAAACGGGCCGAAGCCCAUGGCUGACCCAAAGAGAGCCUCUACUUCUUAUCAUCCGAUGGAGAGCCCAAGAUCGGAUAACAAAACCCGUUUCCCUCAAACCACCCGGCCCAGUCCUCCAACAUACCACACCCAUACCGGGCCCAAUGGGACAGUCAUGCAGAUCGUUGACCUCCAAGCUUCCUCGAUCGGGAAACAGAAUAGCGCGGCCUCUCCUCUGUCUCUACCUUUAACCACGACCAGGAUGAAGAAGAACAAAACGUCGAAGCAGGGCAAUCGGCGAUCCCCAGCCAAGCUCAAUCCGACGAAGAGCCUACAAAUAUGGACCCCGAAAAAGGAUAAGAAGGCAAAGUCCAAGGCUAGAAUCGCGUCACUAACUCUGCAGGAGAUUCAUGGCUGGACGAACGCCGCCAAGACAACUCCUCUUUCUUUGGAAAAAAAAUGGCACAUCCGGAAUGGAGGAGGCACCUCUGACAACCUCUAA